AUGCCCAAGGUCCUUAUUCUCGGCGCUACAGGCUAUCUUGGCAAAAGACUCGCCGACGUCCUUGUCCGCAGUGGCCAGCAUAGAGUUUAUGGUAUUGCCCGCAACGAAGCCAAAGCUCAGUCUCUCGCCGUGGCCGAGGUCAUUCCCGUCAUUUGUCCCAACCCGGUUGGAGAACCAGAGGCUUAUCUCAACGCCAUCCGAGAGCAUCACAUCGAUGUUGUCGUCGAUGUCGCUGGGGCAAACCAAGACUCGGCAAAGUUUCUCAACGACGUUCGGCAGAUCGGUCAAGAACGCUUGAGCAAGUACCAAGCUGCUGGACUACACACCGGUCCCAAGCUUGGAUUUAUAUAUGGCUCGGGGACAUGGGUUCAUGGAUCCAGCGAGGAAUUAGUCAAUGAUCUCGAUGUCGUUGGACAGAGCGCAAACAGUCAGCCACCAGCUCUGGUUGCCUGGCGUACGGAUUUGGAAAACUCCAUCUUGGCUGCUUCAGAUGUCCUCGACGUCGCCAUUGUCCGUCCAGCUUUGAUCUACGGCCGUGAGAGCACCAUUUGGACACCUUUUGUCCUCCCUCUUCUACAAACCGCUCAGAGUGGAAGCUCGGACAGUGUCGAGAUUCCUCUCCGGGCCGACUCCAAGCCUGGACUGAUUCAUGUCGAUGAUGUUGCGACGGGGUUUAAAUGCGCAAUUGAGAAAUUGUCUCUUAUCAACGGCGGAUCUACGUAUCCAGUCUUUGAUCUUGUCACGAGCCAAGAGAGCAUGCGAGGCAUCUUUGACGCUCUGGCUAGAGUUUGGAAGUCCAAGGGGAAGUUUGAGUUGGUUGGAUCCGGGGACAAUCUGUUUGCGGAGGCCAUGAGCACGACUAUGAGGGGAUCAUCUGAUCGGGCGAAGCAGCUUCUUGGUUGGGAACCUACGCGGACGAAUGGGUUCAUUGCGGAUAUGGAUGUGUAUGCUGCAGCCUUUGCGUCUCAGCAUUAG